AUGGAGGAGAACAACGGUGACUUCGCCCUCGCCCCGGCGGCGGCGGUGAUUGUGUCGCCCGAGCGCUUUCAGUUUACACCACGCGUGAAGGAGGAGUGUGUUGUACAAGUCACAAACGUCUCCUUCGAGACGGUGCUGUUCCGAAUGCUCACGACAUCCCCCCAGCGGUACCUCGUGAAGCCGACAAAGGGCGUCAUCAAGCCCAACGCGUCCGUCAACAUCGUCAUCGUGUUCAACGUGAGCGUUGCAAAGAAGGAAGGGAACCCCUUCCUCAAGUCAGAUGACUUCCGCUUAGAGUAUUCCAUCAUGCGGCCCACUGACGUGAUUGGGCCGCACUGCUCAAAUGUGGUUGCCAUCGUCAAGGAGCGGAAGGCGGCAAACAGGCGUCUCGUGCACGUCAAGACACUGCGCUGUACGUUAAACCUACCAGAAGAGGACGAGGCGCUGGCAGCAGACGCAAACGCAGACGCAGCAGCAGCAGCAAGAGGCACCUCGGAGAGACAGCAAUCCCCUGAAGGAGCAGAGACAGAAGCAGCAGUAGCCUCGCUCGGGUCGCCGGAGAGAAGAGAUACGAGUGCUAAUGGGAGUGCCAGCGCGGGCGUUGCGAAGAUGGACCCGCGGGAGCUGGAGCAAAACACACUGGCGGCAAAGAAUCGGCGCCAGCUUGCCCAGCAGCAGAAGAAGAAUAACAAGCUUCUGCUCAUUGUGUUCGGUGCACUGGCGGUGCUGUUAGGCAUCUUGAUUAUGGCCCGUUGA